GCGCAUUGCGGCGUGAGACCGUUUGCUAAGCGCAGCGCGGUGGUUUCGCCUGGCUUGUGUGAUCGGACUCCGGAGAGGGCAUUCCUGGCAACGUUUGCGAGCGAGAUAGAAACAAGCAGUCCACUAUAUUGUUCGAUCAAUGUUUCCCCUCGGAUUGGGGAUUUCUAACGGGAUAUAAGUUCUUCGAAAGUGCGAGAACGUCGAGAGGCAGCAGAGCUGUGACCCACUUCCCCUGUCCCCGCCUCACUGAUCCCCUGAUGCCCUGUGAGUCAACACACACGCGGACCACGCCCGAUUCACCUGCACAGCUGACGCCAGGAGGAGAUCUGCCCAGAGCCUGAGAGAAGAGAGACAGCCUACUGUGUAACUGGGCAUAUGACAAGCAGGGUCUCACCCUCCCAGUGAAAGCGAUGUGUGUGGGAGGUGGAGGCCACAGCAUCAGCAGAGUGUGUGUGGGGCUCCUCUCCCACUCCCCUACCCCCCACCCUGGCACGGGAUGCCAGCCCACUUCCCCCCUGCCUUCUGUCCUGCCCUGAGCUCUCUUGGGGCGCCAUGAACACCUACAGAGAUAGAGGGGUCACCUGUACCUCCUCAGAACUGCUAGAGAGGGGUGGAGGGGGAGGGCCUGGGUCCCUCCUCACACAACAUGCCGCCUUCCACCUCACCCUCAACGGCCACCCUGCCCCCUCCUCUGACCCAGCCACCCAAUCCCGUGUCUCCGUUCCCAAGAUGGGCGUUCGCGCCCGUAUUGCUGAGUGGCCGCCGCGCCAUGCGCAAUCGAGGGAGUCGCUCCUGGAGAACGGCCAAGGCGCUAAUCACCAUGGAGACGCCUCCACGACGACCUCCUCCGCAUCUUUCUCCAUCUCCGAGGUCGGGCUGGUGCGGGGAGGAGUGGCUCGUUUACCGAGGCGACGCACAAAGGACGUGGAGUUCCGUGGUGGGUACGGGGGUGGAAGAGGGUCUCCCGUAGGCCUGCGUGCCUUCCCCCCGUUACGGCAGCGCUCCAACAGCGAGGUGACUCUGAGCGAGCAGGAUGAGAACGAGGUGGAAGGUCGUGGAGGUGCUAAUCUGUUCCGGGAGUACGGCAGCACCUCCUCCAUCGACGUGCAGGGCAUCCCCGAGCAGAGCUUCUUUGACAUGCUCAGCCAAUUCCACCAGGAGAGGCCCGACCAGCGCAGCACUGCCCCCGUACACCUGGGGGAGCUACUGUACACCAACUCCCCUCCCUCGGCACCCCUCCCCACGGGCCACUCCCCCAUCCCCACACCCCGGGGGGAGGAUGGAGGGAUGGGACGGUCGGAGAACAGGGUGAGGAAGAAGAGUGGGGGGACAGACUCGUCUCUGGGGACAUCCUCUCUGUUCCGGAAGCUCCGCAGCUCCAGCAGAGGGGAGCUGGACAGAGGGGAGGUGGGGGAGGACGGGGGAGGCCGUAACUCUACAGAUACACCCUACAAACCCUGGGUGUGCCCCAAGAGCCUUGUCCACUACGACGCCCAGAGCAUCCUGUUUGACCUCCAUGAGGCUGCUGCUCAGCGCGCGUAUGUAUCCCAGCGGAGGAACACUGCCACCGGGGCAUCGGCGGCCUCCGUCUCCCUGGCUGUGUCACGGUCCUCAGCUCUGAGUGGGUUGGACGCUACCUACUCCAGCGUUGAGGACCUGACGCUAGGUCUCGACCCCAGCGCGCCCACCCCCUCCCUGGGCGUGGACCCUCUGGACGGCCCCCCCGGUGGCCCCACCUCCAGUCUGCUCCUCCUCAGCUGCCCCCACUUCCGCAACGAGACGGGGGGACACGGGGAGCGCAACGUCAGCUUCCUGAGCUCCUCGGCCGAGCGGGGAGGGGAGGGGGGCGCGGGUGACCUGGCGAGGGGCAGCCUUCGGCGUAGCAACGCCAGUGUGUCGGUGGUGGAGGUACCCAUCGAGCAGCAAGUCACCCGAAUGGACAGGCUGAAACUCUAUAGCAUCGAGCACGUGGACCUGGGGGCACGCUACUACCGAGACUACUUCCACGGGAAAGAGCACUCAAACUACUUUGGCACGGACGACAAGCUGGGUCCGGUGGCUGUGAGUAUCCGCAGGGAGAAACUGGACGACACUAAAGACCUGAAGGACCAGUACCAGUACCGCGUCAUCGCCAGAACCAGUGAGCUGGUGACGUUGCGGGGGUCCAUCCUGGAGGAUGCGGUGGCCUCCACGGGGAGGCACGGCACGGUGCGGGGUCUCCCCCUGAAGGAAGUGCUGGAGCAGGUGGUCCCGGAGCUCAGUGUGUCCUGCCUGCGCCUGGCUCUCAGCACGCCCAAGGUCACCGAGCAGCUCCUCAAACUGGACGAACAGGGGCUGAGUCAGAAGCACAAGGUGGGAGUGCUGCUGUGUCGGGCAGGGCAGAGCACCGAAGAGGAGAUGUAUAACAACGAAGAGGCCACGCCCGCCUUCUCUGCCUUCAUGGACCUGCUAGGGGAGCAGGUGUUCCUCCGAGGCUUCACCAACUACGCCGCCCAGCUGGACACUAAGACUGACUCGACGGGAACCCACUCCCUGUACACCACCUACCAGGGCUAUGAGGUCAUGUUCCACGUGUCCACCAUGCUGCCCUACAUGCCCAACAACCCACAGCAGCUCCUGAGGAAGAGGCACAUAGGGAACGACAUCGUCACAAUAAUCUUCCAGGAGCCGGGAGCGCUGCCCUUCACCCCUCAGAAUAUCCGCUCCCACUUCCAGCACGUGUUCGUCAUCGUCCGCGUGCACAACCCCUGCUCCGACGGCACUUGCUACAGUGUGGCUGUGACGCGCAUGAAGGAUGUGCCUCCCUUCGGCCCGCCCAUCCCCAGCGGGGUGACAUUCCGUGACCCUGAAGCCUUCCGCAACUUCCUCUUGGCCAAGGUGAUCAAUGCAGAGAGCGCCGCGCACAAGUCCGAGAAGUUCCACACCAUGGCCACGCGCACGCGACAGGAGUACCUCAGAGACUUAGCCGAGAACUGUGUGAGCAGUACGCCGCUCGACUCUGCGGGCAAACUCAACAACCUCAUCUCGCUGGCGUCGAAGAAGAGAGAGCGGGCGCGGGCGAGGGAGGGGGCCGAGUUGGGAGCGGCCGGGGCGGUGGCGUGGAGGGUGCUGGCCCAGGACUUCAGUGGCGGCGGGACGGAGAUCUCCUGCGCUCUGGGCGUGUCGGCAGAGUACAUCCUCCUGGCAGACUGCAACACCAAGGAAGUGGUGUUCAACUGCUUCUGCGUCGACGUGAUCGGCUGGACACCGGAGAGGCUGGCGCUGAAGAUCUUCUACGGGAGAGGAGACCACAUCGCCGUUCGAGUCCCCGAGGGCUUUGCUCAGGACAUCAGGGAGGUGGUGCAGAGGUUAAAGGCGCUGACGGUGGGCUGUGAGACGGUGGAUAUGACUCUGAGGAGGAACGGCCUGGGACAGCUGGGGUUCCACGUCAGGCUGGAUGGCACCGUGGCCGAGGUGGAGGAGUACGGCUUUGCCUGGCAGGCGGGGCUGAGGCAGGGCAGCCGGUUGGUGGAGAUCUGCAAGGUUGCCGCGGUAACCCUGACACACGAGCAGAUGAUCGACCUACUGAGGACGUCGGUCACCGUUAAAGUGGUGAUCAUACCGCCCUACGAGGAGGGAGGGCCCCGCAGGGGCUGCACAGAGGAGUAUGAGAUGAAGACAAUGGAGCAGAAGCCAGAGCCUGAGCCGGCAGCAGGGUACCGGCCCUCCCCUCGCCCCCCCGAUUGGCGCUGGGACAGCACUGCCGGCCCUCCUGGCCUGCACAGCGCCCCCACCCCUCAGCGCUGGACCCCUAUGGGCCCCCCACCACCCCAACCCCGCUCACACAAGGCCAUGGUCAUGCCCGUCCCAUACAGGGAGCCCCAGCACCUCUCCAACAAGAGGCCAGUGAGUUUCCCUGAGAACCACUACUGCCUGUCGCCAGCGGGGGGCGACAGAGUGCUGCCCUACAGGAACCCCUCAGCCAGCUUCUCCUCCCCCUCUGGCCUGGGGGGCAUGGUGGCCCUGGGGGGCCCCGUACUCAGCGGGACCUUCAUACGCUACAAACCCUCACCUGACAGGUACGGUUCAGCCCAGCGCCCCCUGCUGGCCUACGAACCUCAUCUCAGUCUGGACAUCACCUCUAGUGGAGAGUCCUCCUCGGGCUUCACCAGCCAGGACAGCACUAUGGAGCGCUGCAAGACAGAGCCCCUAUGGCAUGUCCCAGCGUCAUCGUCUCGGGGGCCAGGAGGAGGAGGGCAGAGGAGACUCACCCGACAGGACGUCCCAGGGAAAGACUCUCCCAACAGACACUCAAAGGGUGAGACCCAGUACUCCAGCCACUCCAGCAGUAACACUCUCUCCAGUAACGCGUCCAGCAGCCACAGUGACGAGCGCUGGUUCGACGGGGCCGGGGGGGAGAGAGGAGGCCCGGGGGUAUCCGGGGGUUGCCUAGGCGACCUGGCUGAACCUGACCCCGACCCCCUCAGUAAGGGCGGCUCCAGUGACAGCGGCAUCGAUGCCCCCACCCUCUACAACACCAAGCCCGGCAGUCGCCACGGAAAUCAGUCCAGCCAAUCACAGAAGCCCCUGCACUGUUCAGCAACCUAUAAUAGCGGGCUGCAGGACGUCUCUGGGGUGAGGGGCAACGGAGUCGAGGGGCGGAGACUAGAGUCGUCACCUGUAUUACCUGCCAAUCAGAACAAAGGAUACCGCACGCGUACCUUCCCUCCUCCAGGAUCCAACGUGGAGAAGCCAGACUCAUUUAAACCCAGGGCCUGCUAUACACCCCAGGGAUACAAGACCCCUGCAGCAGAGAAAUCAUGGCCGGUCCGAGCCGCCACAGUCACGCCUAACUCUGCUCUACUCAGCUCCACCCCUCUGUCCAGCUCUGCCCCCAAGGCCUUAUACAGCAAGAGCAGACUGGGCGCCUGGCAACCAGACGACAACGCCCCCUCCCGUUCAAACACACCCACUACCUACAGCUCUGACAGUAACAGCAGCAAGAAACAGGUGGACGUGAAUUCUAAGAACGUGUUCGGACAGCCCCGUCUUCGAGCAUCGCUAAGGGACCUGCGGUCUCCACGGAGAUCCCACAAGAGCACCGUCGAGGACGACCUGAAGAAACUCAUCAUCAUGGACAACCCUGGAGAGAUGCCACAAAGAGACACGUCUCCUCGACACACUCUUCAGCGCACGUUCUCCGACGAGUCUCUGUGCAGCGGGCGCAGGGAUGCCAGCUAUGCCAACUCUGGCCCCCUGUUUGACCAGGGCACUCCCAGCGACCUGCUGUUCACCUGCACCCUACCCACCCGGCGCCAUGCACACUCUGCCAACCACAUGCCCAACAAGAAGGUCCCUCUGUCUGCGUCGGAGCUGUCUCUGACAGAGGUGAGGGAUAAGGUUCCCCCCAUGAGGAGGCUGGACCCGGGGCUCAUGCCCCUGCCUGACACUGCCUGUGGCCUGGAGUGGGCCAGUCUGGUCAAUGCUGCCAAGGCCUACGAGGUACAAAGGGCAGUGUCGCUCUUCUCGCUCAGUGAGCCUCAAGUUGGGGUUCCAGACAUGCGGCCGAUCAAGAGUCCAAUCCAAUUCCAAACACCUCAGACUCCACGCACUACCCCCACCUUCGGCGGGGAUGAGGUACCCAACGCCCUCUCGGGGCGACUGUACAGCCUAGAGGUGAUGCUGAAGCAGCUCAACACUGACCUGGAGAAGGAGAAGAAGGACAAAGUGCACCUGUUGGCUGAGAUGGCUAACCUGCGGCAGAAUAACCAGCGGCUGCAGGAAGAGAGCCACUCGGCCAGCGAGCAGCUUCGCAAGUUCAGCAUGCUCUUCACCGACACCCCGCAGAGGAAGUGAGCUCACACCGGACACAGGAAGUGACCUCGGAGAGGGCGUGCAAAAGCAUUCGCAAAGAGGACGUGUGACCUAAGCCCGGGGGGGUUAGGAUUACCCUGAUUUAUUGGAAACUCGGCCACAGUGAGUUUCAUGAGUGGGGAAUAGAUUUGUCAGUGAGUCUGGUUAGGUAUGUGGAAGACAUGGGCAGUAGAGAAAAAAAACGAAUGCAAGUAAGUUAAGGUGUAACAUUAUGUACAAGAAAAUGUGUAACUUUUAAGCAUAAGAGGGGGAAAGAACCCCCCCCAUUCUUACGUUCUAUCCUCCACCUGCUGCUUCUGUCACAUUCCAACCACACUAUCUCCCUCCGGGGGGUGGGGUGGUAGGGGAGAAGAGGAGCACUUACCCCUCCACCACUCUGACCUGCUUUUGGGGAGAGGGACCUGCCGUUACGCCGCCACCCUCUCUGUGGUGCACCUCCUACCCCCAGAAUCCCUGCCUCGCUCUGGUCUGGACGGACACAGGGGCUACAGAGAACUAAUGGAUCCCCGUUGGCUCAUCUGAAACCGAAUUGCCUAGACAGAAGAGCCUGCAAGUAGACACGCCUAUUUUUUUUAAACUCCCGCACAACGCACAAGCCACCUCCCUCCGGCUGUGCACCCAGAGGAAAUCCUUCUCUGUCCCUGCUUGUAGGUUUUUAUUUUUUGUAACUGAGGUCUUAUACACUCCUGCGUCAGAGCAGAGCCAAUAAAGAGGAGAGCUUUUAUUGAACUGUAGAACACGAAGAUCGCACGGCGAGGCCUAAUACUGUUCCUGAAGCGAAUCAGCCAAAAACAAAAAAAAGGACUCCAACUCCCAGAAUGCUCUGAGAGACGUGUGUUAUAAAAGAAAUGGUACUGUACUUUUGCCUGUGUGAUUCAACAUAUAGCUUGAACACAUGUCUAUUGUACUGAUAUAACUGACUUAAUGAGGUGUUCAACUCGUGAAGGUGUGUAGGGUACAGCAAAAACUCCCACAAUGCAUUAAUCGCACAAAAUGGAGAGCUCUGGCGAUGUUAUUUUUUACCCUUCGUUGAGUGUGUGAUAGGCUGACACAGGGCAUUUCCGUUACGAGCAAGCUAUAAUAUGACAAGGUACGCCAGUGAUAUGAGACGAGCCUUCUCGUUCAGUUUAUGAAAAAUAAUAUAGUGUCAUAAACUCAACGAUAGUAUCUCAAUGUCCAUUUUUGGUUAACAAUCCAUUUGAAAGGUAUUUACAAAUAUCCAAGCAGUAUGUUUUACAAUUUGUAGAAUUAGCAUAUUUCGUGGUUUUUGUUUUGGGUACCAGCUGCGGGUACACACCUGUGUGCAUUUAGAAAAGACUAAUAGAAAUGAUCUUUAAACACUGUAGCCGUGUGCGUGUGUGUGUGUGUGUGUGUGUGUGUGUGUGUGUGCGCGUGUGUGUGUGUGUGUGUGUGUGCUAGAAUGAAGGGGUAUUAUACAUUAAUUUAGCUAACAGACAGUCCUAGUGUCUGUAGAAUCAAACUCAACCAUUUAUACACAACUGUGAGACCUAAGUGACGUAAAAUGGAAGUAACUUAGCUUGGGGUGGUGGGUCUGUGUGAAACUUGUGGCCAUUUUGUAAAAAUGUCCAUCUGACAGGAAUACAGUCAAAUAAAUCAACACAAAUACACUAUAUUCUCACUAGCUUGGUUAUAUUCUUUACAGAAAGCAUUUUUCUUACAGCUUUGUGUCUUUGUGUCCGUUGUUUGUUAUGAAUGUGGGAUAAAUGGAGGGGAGCGUGGAGCUGGCAAAACCAACGGUGGGGGUUCCAAUUCUCGUUUGGGCCACAUCCAUUCCCAAAAAUGAUAAAAGGGUCUGCUGAAGGAGCAUAUGACUAUUUUCGUUCCAGUAAACGUAAGCCCCGAGCACAGUUAAGUACCCUUUCAUCACAGGCCCCCCUUUUUCAGGAACCUUCUGCCCUGCCUCAACUGGAAUCAUUUCUUACCCUCACUACUCUCAGGACCUUUCAGACACCCCCUUUAAGAACUGUACUAUAUAUUGAUUUGUUUGUGUAGAUAAGAGCAACAUGUAUACAGACAUCUCUGUCUCCGUUUCUCUUCAUCUCACCAUCUCUGGUAUUUGCUCAUCACUGCCCCAUCCACAGACGCUGUUGUAGUCUGCCUCCCUCUGUCCUGUGAGCUGCCCAUCCUCCUCCAGCCAGUUAAAUCAUCUCGUCUUGGGCGAAAACAAGAGCAACUGAAACAACCCUACACACUCAUGUUAUCACUGAAGCUCAGCAAAUGUGCUGUGAUGCUGUUAUCUUCAAUGUCUUAAUCUUUAUUUUGUUUAUUUGUGUGUGUGUGUGUGGAGGGGUACGGGUGUUUUGAGGGUUUAGUUUUGAUAUAUUUGAUUUUAAGCAAACUGCAGUUAUACAUGUUGAACAUAGCUCGGUGCAUCGAUGUUGCACGUGCACAAAUCAGAAAUGGUAAUACCGAAAUGUUAUGUUAUGUUUUAAUAUUUGUAUAAUUUAUUUUUGGCCACUUUUGCAACCUGAAAAAGACAAAAUAGUGAAAUGAAGAGGGCACCGUGUUUUUUUAUUUCUAUGUAUUGCUGUUUGACUUUUAAAUCUUUGUUCAAGGCUGAUUUCUAUGAUGCUGUAUUGUUUUUAUGAUUUAAAUAGUUUUUCUGAGUUGGUGCGUUCUGCAUGAGGCAAUGGGGGUUCUUUAUGCAUCAACGGAAACUUACGGUUGAACGUUGUUUUUCUGGGGGAUGUUGUAUCAAUGACUGUACAUUUAAAAGUGUAAAUUGUUUUCAUUGUUUUAUAAGAACAUAUAUAAAAACAAAUCUUUCAUAA